AAAUUAUGUAUAUUUCCUUUUGUGUACUAAAAUUUCAUAUGAGUUUCAGGGAUGUGACCUCGAUCUGGCAUAGCUCAAAAGGAUCGCAGAUGAGAUUUUCCCUGAUCUUUCCCAUUUAAUAGACAAAUUUUAACUCCUGUCUCCAGUCUGAAUUUGUCUCAGCAGAUCUUCACCUGUUUAACUCUGUCCGGGAUCAGCUGUGGACUGCAAGCUGAGAUCUGGACUUCCUGGAAACUGACAUGAUUGCUCCCUGCCUCUUCGGGUGGAUCAACGAACCAGAUGCUUGGGACUUCCCCAUUGCCCAGCCUUUGACUGGCAUUUCAGCCUUCCUAGCCCCUGAUGCCUACGGUCCAACGGUCAGCUCGAAGAAGCUCCAGAAGACGGAUCUACGCCCAAAUCCCCCCUAGCAGGCUGAAAUGCUAAGUCAAAAGGGGCUCCCUGGCAUUAGCUAUUGUCUUGGACAUCUGCUUAGCUGAAAUGGACACUAAUAUUGCAGCAACUGGGCUAAAAGCCUAGAGAGAUCCUGUAAUCUCCUUGGCUUACUACCCCUAUAUCCACCCUGAAGGGACCCCAGAUCCCAUUAUAAAAAAAUAAUCUAUAAGAUACAAGGGGUCAUAUCUGGAAGACCCAAGAUUGGGUCUUCAAAUGAUCAUAGGAAAGGGGGAAAUGAAAGACCAAAAGAUAAGCAGCGAUCGUUAACACUAUGUAGAGUAGGCGCGGUAUAGCAAGAGCUACCUCGCUGCAUUCUUUCCCGCCUUCCGGUUCCGGGUGGGUACGUGACUUGGCUCACAAUCUGCCUUCCCGCCUUCCCUGUUCUGGGUACGUAACUUAACUACGGCUUUGUUCAAACCACCCAAUCAGAACCCUGUAACUGCUUCUCGCUUCUGUAACCGCGCCUCCUGCUCCCGAGCCCUAUAAAAACCCGUCACCCCAACCGAGAGGCACGCAAGUCCUCCGAUAGGCUUGGUCGCCCCGGGUACCCGUGUAUCAAAAUAAACCUCUUGCGGCUUGCAUCCGAAGGCUGGUCUUGCUGUUCCUUGGGAAGCGGGGUCUCCCCGUCUAGAUAGGCUCCUGGGAGUCUUUCAAGCAUUUACAGAAAUAUUGACCGGACUGGAGCACAUAAUGCCCAUCAAGUGAAAACCCAUAACCCGCCAUGGAGCAUGCCUUUACCCCGCUGGAGCCCCUGCUACCUACGGGAAACCUGAAAUACUGCCUUGUGAUUCUUAAUCAACCUUUGGACACACACUUUUGUCAUCUUUGGAAAAAAGCUCUCUUAAAAGCCUGUGCUGAUGGAGGUGCCAACCAGUUAUAUGAUAUCACUGAAGGAGAGAGAGAAAGCUUUUUGCCUGAAUUCAUCAGUGGGGACUUUGAUUCUAUUAGGCCUGAAGUCAGAGAGUACUACACUGAGAAGGGCUGUGAUCUUAUUUCAACUCCUGACCAAGACUACACAGACUUUACCAAGUGUCUUAAAGUGCUCCAAAGGAAGAUAGAAGAAAAAGAGCUGCAAGUUGAUGUCAUCGUGACCCUGGGAGGCCUCGGUGGGCGCUUUGACCAAAUCAUGGCAUCUGUGAAUACCCUUUUCCAAGCCACUAACAUUACUCCUUUGCCGAUUAUCAUCAUCCAAGAAGAAUCCCUCAUCUACCUCCUCCAACCAGGAAAGCACAGGCUCCAUGUAAAUACUGGAAUGGAAGGCAGCUGGUGUGGCCUUAUUCCUGUUGGACAGCAUUGCAAUCAUGUGACAACAACAGGCCUGAAAUGGAACCUCACAAAUGAUGUGCUUGGCUUCGGAACACUGGUCAGUACUUCUAACACCUACGAUGGGUCUGGCCUCGUCACUGUGGAAACUGACGACCCGCUCCUCUGGACCAUGGCCAUCAAACGCUAACCUGUAGUGUGGCAUCCAUCUUGUGCCUCUGCCUCUUCUGAUCUGCCCAGUUGUUCAUUGCUCAACGUGAACAACCACAUAAAUGUGUGGGAAUCUAAAUUUGUCCAUAGGAAGCCCUGAACUUUCAGGAUGUUGGGGGUUAAGAUAUAGCUGAGCAGCAGAGCGCUUGUCACACACGUGAAGGCCUUGGGUUCAACGCUCAACACCACAAAACAAAGAUGUUGGUGUUUAUGCUAUAAAUGAUAGCUCAAUGUUAUAUUGAAGGAGAAAUUGUGUUCUAUCGAAAUAGAUAAGGUUUAUUAUACUCUAUUGAAAAAGCUAAUGUUGAUCAGAACAUUAUAUAAUUCAGUUUUGAUCAUUUUUAUUUAAUUAAUCAGUCCAUUUACCUUAAAAUUCUUUUUUUUAAUUUUGAAGCACCAAAAGCUGUUGUCAGUGUUGCCUGGGAGUCUAGCGCUUCCCUGCGUGUCUGACAAGGGCUGCCUACCUCUGAGUCUCUCCCAACAUUGGACUCCUCUCUAUAAUGCAUGUUAUCUUCCAGAGUCUUGUGAUAGAAUGGCACCAUUUCACUUUGACUUCAUCUUUUAAAAAAAUCACUGACUUAAUUGUUAAAUUUGAAACCAAGCAGUUUCAUGGGCCAUGGGUAUAUGAUAAAUGGUUAUUUAGGAUUUGUUCCUACUUUAGCCCCUCAAGACUGGAAAGCAAGCACUCUGAGCUUUAGAAAUGCAGAGGUCCUUAUGAAAAGCAUGACAAACCCAUAAAGCUUGGGCAGAGGAAUCCAGCAAGCCUAAGCAUUCAGUCCGUUUUAACAAACCUCGCACUAAAAAUGAAAAUGUUAAUUCAUGGACCAUAGUUGCUGACAUCACCAGAAAAUUAAUGUUCCAAUGGAGACAAAUGAACACUGCUGCGGAGUAGACACCCGAAGCCUGUUUCCUCAUCCUGCUCCACCAUGUGCCUGCUUCCUGUACUGCUCCUAGCUAUACAGUGAUGGGGUUGUAAUCAUUGAGUGUGAGAAAGAACCACUGAUACAGACUCUAAAUGCUAACAUGUCGCAGCUUUAGAGCAGAUAAUACGGUUUCUGAUUUAGCAUAAGCAUGCUGGUGCAUUAAAAUUUAUUCAUGUUUCUUUUUAUAGUCUUUUUUAAAUUUUUUAUAAUUAAUUACACUUUAUUCACUUUGUAUCCCCCCUGUAACAUCCUCCCCCUCCCCUCCCAAUCCCUCCCUUUCUUCCCCUUCUCCGCACAUUUCCCUCCCAAAGUCCACUGAUAGGGGAGGUCUUCUUUUCCUUCCUUCUGAUCCUAGUCUAUUAGGUCUCAUCAGGAGUGGCUGCAUUGUCUUCUUCUGUGGCCUAAUAAGGCUGCUCCCCCCUCAGGGUGCGGUGAUCAAAGAGCAGGCCAAUCAGUUCAUGUCAGAGACAGUCCCUGUUCACAUUACAUUGGAACCCACUUGGAUACUGAACUGCCAUGGGCUACAUCUGUGCAGGGGUUCUAGGUUAUAUCCAUGCAUGGUACUUGGUUGGAGUAUGAGUCUCAGGAAAGACUCCUGUGCUCAGACUUUUUAGUUCUGUUCAUGAGCUCCCCUACUCGUCUUCCUACCCUUUCCUAUCCCACUUGUUAAACCACAUCUUGCCAAACAAACCAGGACUUAAGGGCAGCCUGCCCACCAUGUUACAUUUAUCUCAUGAUUGUGUCACUGACUUCUUGGUGCUACAACAGUAUGAAAUUUAAACAUAAAUAGAAGAAGAAAGGGGAUCAGUUGAACCAAUGCCAAGUUCUGACUAGAAAUCAUUAAAAUCAUUGUUGUUAUUUUAUAAAAAUAUACUGAUAUCUGGAUUUCAAAUCAAAACAGUUAUCAAUGUGAAUGUCAACAAUGGGUUUCUAAGAAAAUGUUCAGUGUUAUCACUUGUGUUUUAUUAUGACUAAUCUCUCAUAAUCAGUGUUUCUGCUUAAAGGAUGACUAAAGGUGUAAUUCAUAAUUAAAAUCUCAUAUAUGACUUCA